AUGGAUUUUACAAGAAUACGUGAUUCUGAAGGCCGAUGGCGCACGCUGUUUGUCAUUCUUUGUCUCGUUGAGCUGCCCUGCGUGACUGGACAGGCUCGCUAUUCCAUACCCGAGGAGCAGGCGGAAGGUUCUUUUGUUGGAAAUAUUGCAAGAGAUUUGGGCUUGGAUUUGGCCAGACUCCUAGCAGGUAAAGCUCGUAUUAUUACCAAAGAAGAUCGACAAUAUGUUGAGUUAAAGCGAGACAAAGGCACACUUGUGAUUAAAGAGCGCAUCGACCGAGAGGAGCUUUGUGGAAAGACGACGCCCUGCAGCUUCAGUUUUGACAUCAUUUUAGAAAGUCCAAUUCAGCUUUAUCAUGUAACAGUGGAGGUCGUGGACAUUAAUGACAACAGUCCAUCCUUCCCACAGCCUGAAAUUAAUUUGAAAAUUGCUGAAAGCGUCGCAUCAGGGGCCCGUUUCUCGCUCGAGAAUGCUGAUGACGCUGAUGUUGGAAUUAAUUAUAUUCAAAAAUACAUUCUUAAACCAUCAGAUAAUUUUAAAUUGGAAAUACAAAAUCAACCAGAUGCAGCAAAAUUCAUCGAAAUGGUUUUACAAAAGCCUUUAGACCGAGAAAAAGAGGAGACCCACACACUGAUGUUGAUUGCUUCAGAUGGUGGUGAGCCACAUAGAUCAGGGACAGUGAAAAUUCACAUCACUGUGCUGGAUGCAAACGAUAACGCGCCUGUGUGCAGUCAACCUGUUUACAAGGUAGAUGUGCCAGAAAAUUCACCUUCAGGAACGCUGAUCACCACCGUUAGUGCAAACGAUGCAGAUGCAGGCCUCAAUGGUGACGUCACAUAUUCCACUCGUUUUUCCAAAGACUUAGAGCAGCUGUUUGAUGUAAAUACUAAAACGGGAGAGAUUAAAGUUACUGGUAAAUUAGAUUUUGAAAAAGCAAGCAGUUAUCAAUUUAAUGUCCAAGCUCGAGAUCAUGGAGGAUAUACUGAUACAUGUAAAAUUUUCGUCAACAUAAUUGAUGAGAAUGACAUUGUUCCCACAAUUAAGUUUAUGUCAUUUUCUCAAUCCAUCCCUGAGGACUCUCCUCCAAGUACAACUGUUGCUGUUUUCAAUGUAAAUGAUGAAGACUCUGGGGGCAACGGUGUGGUCAAGUGCUCCAUUAACUCUGAUGCCCCUUUUAAAAUUGAGUCUUCCUUAACAGGUUACUACACCAUCGUGACUGAAGACAUCUUAGACAGAGAAAGUGUUCCUGAAUAUAAUGUUACUAUAACAGCCCAAGACCAAGGCUCUCCACCACUGUCUAGCAGUAAAAUUAUCAAUGUUAAAAUUUCUGAUGUGAAUGACAACCCACCCAAAUUUAAUCUUUCAGAAUAUAGUAAGACUGUACCAGAGAACAACUCUCCUGGUUUUUCAGUCUUUACUGUCAGUGCGAGUGAUGCAGACUCGGGUCAGAAUGCUCGAGUGUCUUACUUCCUUGAGGAGAAAGAAAUUAACGGUGUCGCUGUGUCUUCUUUUAUAUCAGUGAAUUCUGAAAAUGGUAUCAUCCAAGCAGUAAGGUCAUUUGAUUACGAGCAAAUAAAGUCAUUUGACUUUAACGUCACUGCCAGGGACUCGGGAUCCCCACCACUGAGUUCCAUGGCCACAGUCAGCAUCCUGAUUCAGGACGCUAACGACAACAGCCCUCAGGUGCUGUAUCCUGUCCAAACGGGCGGCUCGGUGCUGGCUGAAAUGGUGCCUCGUUCGGCAGACAUCGGCUAUUUGGUGACAAAAGUGGUGGCUGUGGAUGUGGACUCCGGACAGAACGCCUGGCUCUCGUAUAAGGUGCAGAAAGCCACAGACAGGGCGCUGUUUGAAGUGGGCCUCCACAAUGGAGAAAUAAGAACUGUCCGCCAAGUAACUGAUAAAGAUGCUGUCAAACAAAGACUGACUGUUGUUGUGGAGGACAACGGGAAACCCUCACGAUCAACAACAGUCAUUAUUAACAUAGCGGUGGCAGACAGCUUCCCUGAAGUGCUUUCAGAGUUCACCGACUUCAGCAUGCAUGACAAGGAGUACAAUGACAAGCUGACUUUUUACUUAGUCUUAGCUUUAGCGGUGGUCUCCUUCCUCUUCAUCACCUGCUUGCUACUUAUCACAUCAGUCAAAGUGUACAGGUGGAGACAAUCUCGCAUCUUGUACCACUCCAACCUGCCCGUCAUUCCGUAUUAUCCGCCACGUUACUCGGACACUUUGGGGACAGGGACUCUCCCGCACGUGUACAACUACGAGGUCUGCAGGACUACUGACUCCAGGAAAAGUGACAUGAAAAAUAUGCAAGCCAUGAGUCAAAGUUUAGUGAGCGUGGAUGAAGCUGAUGCUGAUAUGCCACAUGAAAAUAAACAGGCAUACGGACUAUGUUCCCAGAUGACAACAUUGAGCUUCACUGCUGAGAAACACGACGCUCUAGUCACCAUUUGA